AUGAGUUUUGCCUCGCCCAUCGCCACGCAGCCUGGCGAGCCGAUGCAUAUGGAUUCGCACCUUGGCAUCAGUUUUCCGUGGGAAAAGACGGGUGAGUCUACGAUCGUCGGUGGCCAAGCCAACUUUCUUUAUGUCGACAUGGCUGAGUCUGAGUCUGAUGAUGAGAGUGAUGAGCCAGGUUACAUGAAUGGUACAUCUUCAUGUCGCUCGCCAGACACAUUCUCCGCGCCGACAAGUCGGUCUCCUGAGCGCCACAAUUCGAGUACUACGUCGCAUCAACUUGACUCCCCAAGUUUUUUGGCAUAUCCUUGCACGAUGCCAGCUGAAGAGCACCAUCAGCACCAGCAGGAGUCUUCACAUAUGUUCGGGCCGUCUUGUAUCUCACACGAGCCUCUCGAGACAGGUGAACGUGCUCAGGCGUCUAUUGAAGAGCAUAUUCAUGCACCGUCAGACGAGUAUGCUCAAUUUGCGCAAGACGCUUCCGUAAAUGAUGCGCCUGAGCAUCAUGCAGUAGUCUGUUCGGACACUUACAUGGGCUUUGACGACUUUGAACGCGCACUUGUCCAAGAGCAUCUCGAACACCAGACAUUGUCGCGUAUAAGCAAGGUCACAAGACUUUCAAGCGAGCGGCCUCAUUUGGACACAAGCGGGACAAAUCCAGGCCUUUCGCCACAUGUUGCUGAUGAAUCGCAGGAACAAAGUCUUUACGAUGAUCCUUCGCCAGAAGCAGCUAGACCUAAGCAAAAUGCAGACGCUUGUCAUUUGCGCAAAGAUCAUGGAGAUGGUAUCACUGACAGUCAGCGCCAGAGCGUAGACGAUGUCCCCCUUUUCAACCACACUGACCAAGAAGAAAAUCCCGAUUAUGAUCAUUUUGGAGUUCAAAGGGGCAGCCGUGACCACAACAAUGUCGAUGGUGGCCUUGAGAGCCACCAUACGGAUGGCGAAGCCGAUACGUCCACUCGUCCUGAUGGUGACGUCUAUGGUGGCUGGAUCAAUGAGCGUGAAUCAAGUGGAACCAUUGCCGGAGAUAAUCAUCCCGAAGAUCAUGGCAUGAACGAGUCAACAUCGCCCAUUGAAUAUGAACAGGUGCCAGAAUUGCGCUCAAUGAAGCAUCACAUGUACUCCUUUCAGCCGAAUGAGCGCAUUUCUCUCAAUCGUGAGCGAAAUAUAUCAAGGCAACGCGAUCGUCCUGAUGCGUCAGCUGCAAGACCCGAGCCUACUUCGCAACCAUCUGAAAAGGUAGACGGACUUGGUAUCUCAGGAGCAAGGCAUGAGAGUCAUGACAUGCCUACGUGGCACCGUUUCUCAACCCAGCAUCCUGACACAGAGAACGUGUGUGAUACUCGUAUGGAUGAAUCACAUGCAAAAAUGUCGUAUCGGCCAGACUUGUCGAAUCGAAUGCAUGAGGGCGAAGCAUCCCAUGCAAAAGGCUUCUUUGAUGAGACCCCGCCCAUAAGACCCAAUACGCAGCGCACGACAAGAAGUCAGCCACGGGCAUCGGCAGCGGAACGAAAAGAACCCGUUUCUGUGCGUCAACAGGCACAAGGGCAAAGUGACACCUCUUCUUCCCUGGCUGCAACACCACAGUCCCGUACCAAGACGCCUGGUCACGAGAAUCGCACACUCAAGAACAAAGCUAGUCGCUUUUUCAAGUCCAUGCUCUCGGGCAAAACGAAGCAACGAGCGCCCGAUGCGCCAGCGAAGACUAGUGCCGCAGAAGGUUCGUAUCGAUCGCCAACACCGCCGUUGCCGCAGCAACACCAACAAUUGCCACCACAAUCACCCCCCAACAAGGCUCGCUGGAACCUACGCGAUCGAUUCCGUACCGCAAACACUCGUGGCGGAACGCAACAAGAGACAAAAGAACCACACAACAAGUUCACAUCGUCGUCACCGUCACAGCAACUACCUUCUUUAGCCUACCAGUUAGGUCGGGCCACCGGUUCGGAGCAGUUGGAUCCAUUGCUAUCAAAUUUCCCGAAUUUAGCAAGCACAGAGCCUCCGAAAGUGCCGAAACGGCUCAAUCGGGAUGCCCCCAGUCCAUAUUAUUCACCUGACUUGUCCAACACUCAACAACCACCCUCGCCACUGCCGACACGCCGCGCGCAUGCCAAGAGCAAGUCGGCGCAGCCGCAGCAGCAGGAAUUUUUAGGAUCCAACGCUACAUCCCCACUCACUACGUUUUUGAAGAAGCGACCAUCGGACCUCAUGGUCUCUGAGCGCACAAGUCUCUCGCAUCAAGCCUCGAAUGGCAUCUUGCCUAUGCGCAUCACCAGCGAAGAGCCGGUGCCUGUGGAAGUCGAGAUAAAGCGGCAGGAGUCUCUCAUGCGCUCGCGACGCCGCAGUCGCAGCGUAGGCAACCUUGUAACAAGAUCAAAUGGGAACGAGUAUCUACCCAACGUCCAGGAACAUUCGGUCGAUACCACGCAUGUGCCCGCCAUGGACCCUUCUGCAUUUGCACUUCUAGAUGCUCAGCCGGGACUACCACCAGUGAUGCCUUUCACUGUGCCAGCGCCAUCAACAUCAGCUGCACAAGAACGCCAACAGCGCAUGUCGGCUAGUACGUAUGCGUCAAGCUCAAAUGUGUUUGAUGCUCGCUCUUCUAUGCUUAGCGAUCAAGGUGCUUCUACGGCGCAGACUACACCUUAUGGAUCAAGCACGAGCCUCAAUAACCUCAAGACUUACAACGCUUCGCAGCAUCUGCAGCAGCCGUAUCCGCAUGUACACGGGCUUGAUCAGGCACAUUCACAACAGUGCUUGGAUCCCGCAAGGACAUAUCCCGCCAAGCUUCCGCCAUUUCCGCGCACACGUGGUUCCAUGCCAUUCCCAUCGAGCUCUCUGCCGGCGCGACUAGACGAAAGCACUUCGCCCGAUGCUUCUGUCUUAACUAAUCCUCAUUCAAAGGAGCUUGAAUCGGUACACGAAUCACCUGGUCGUCGCUCUUCAUUUGGUGCACCCUCGGUUCCUCAGCCACCUCAACCCCGGUCUGAGCCCCCGCCUCUGAGGAAAGAGCAGUCUGAGCUUGAAGUCAAGCAGACACCAAAGAACGUGUCCGCGCCAACACCAAAAUCGACUGGACCGACACCAAUACUUAACAUGUCGAGAGACAACGAUGAUGCAUCCCAUACGUCACCAUCAUCAAAACUAGCUGACAUUAUCCCACCACUUUCCACUCCUCCACCAGCUCAUUCGUUUGAUGUAACACCACACGCAUCAAGAAAUGCAAACUCAAUCUCUGCCAAGAAAGAAGUGUCACCGUCGCCUGAACUGAUGGCAAGCAAAUGCAGCACCUCGAUGCCACCAACGCUACCGAAUCCGACAUUCGAUGAGAAGCGCCUAUCAUUAGGCCUUGAUGAAUGUUCGUGGACACUAGACCUGGACUUCGGGGUGUCAGACACAGCAGCGCAAACGAAUCCUUUCUACUAA